GAGGGGUUUGCUAUCUGUUAGUACGGUAAGAUCCGUCCAAGAAAAAAGAUGAAUUCCAUAUCGUGCGCGGUCAUACGGAAAAUUAGCGCCGCGAUCGUGGGACAAAGCUCCUCAAAUAUCUAAAGUGUAAAAAUUGAUAUAGUUUUGAGUUCGUCGACAGUCAUCUAGCCCAGCAAUUACUGGCGAAGCGUCGCUCAACUCAUUCAUCACCUUCCCCCGAUUCCGGCUGAUUGCGUUCGCGAUUCUAGUCUGGCCCCGUGAGACGCUUAAAUUAAAGAGCCCCAAAUAUUAGUUGAUGUUUACGCGAAAGUAGUAAGCUCCCGCUCAGUCUGGCGUUAUCUUUCGUGCGGAGACCUCUCCGGCUGCAAAAAGAUAUUUGCAUAUGUAGGAUCAAUCGCUGUGUAACCGACAUACGAUGUCCAUCUGAGUUAAGUGUACCUCGUAGGUUCUUGGCAAUACUUGGUCCAGGUCGACAGUGAAACUCUAACAACUCCAGCGGUUAGUGCGCUUUCCGGACAAUCUUUUCCCUGCUUUUUAGUUUGGAAGUAAUUAUUGUUAGAUGUGAUCGCUCGUCGCAGAUAAGUUUGUUGUUUGUUUACUUUGGCCUAUUUAUUUGUUUAUUCGUAGUGAUUUUUGGUGAUCGCGAGUGCAGAGCGGGGUUGGGAAAGCUUAUUGCGUUCUAGCCAAUACGUUUUCGUGAAUUCGACAAGAAACUUGUUGAUUUUAUUCCCAUGGGAAUCUAUUGAUCCAUUAGUGUUGUUCCCGUGUUAGUUCAUCAAAUACGAAAGUCAACAGUUUACGAUAUUUUCGGAAACUCCACCUCUUUUGGAGCGUUUUAAAAUGGGGGUUCUCCAAGCCCUAUGUAUUCUUGCGGUUCUGAUGCACCCUAUCGUGCUGUCGAGACCUACAGAAGAUCAAAUCGACUGCCGAGGAGUGCAGUGUCAGCCGCUACAAUGCCCAGGGGACAGUAUUGCGAUAUACGAAGAGGUCCAGGAAGACAACUACGACGCCGGCAUAAUUGAUGAGGAUGAGAUACCCGGGGAUGAGGAGGAGGAUGAGAAUAUACAGAAUGUCGAGCAUGAAAACAAAGAAAAUAUUAGCCCUCAAGAGUCUCACUUGGAGGCUAACGAAAAAGGUGACGAGCAGGAGAACAGAACGCUUUCUAAAAGGAGCCUCCAGUACAAGCGGCGGGAAUCCAUCAAAAUUGUUCCCGGUGACUACAAAAGCUUCAUUCCAGACGACGGACGUUACCAUGGUUAUAAUCACAACCACCACAAAUGGAAACGAGAGACAGCCUUAGCUGCUAAUGAAACUACUAAAACUACUAACGAUACUAUGACAUCGUCAGGGAUCCAGUGUUGUCCAAAACAGAAAUGCAUUUGUUCAGGUGAAUGUGAUAUUCCGAGCUGCCCUUCGGCUCAUGUUCUUACUAUAGUUGAAGAUGGAGAUCUAGAUCAGCCAGGAAAAUGUUGUCCAGUGCACAAAUGCCUAAUAGAGCCUGACUGCAAAGCGAAUGUGACUAAUAUAACCUGGAAUCUGCCAUGCAAAAGUUGUCGGUGUGUGGCAGGUCAUAAAUUCUGCCAUGACACAUGCGGUGAAGACAAAGUCACAAUCUUGACCUGCUUGUCUGCAGGGUUGCGCAGGCAUUACCAUGACGGUGAAUCCUGGAAUGAAGAUGCAUGUACACGUUGCGAGUGUCACGCUGGCAAACCUAAGUGUUAUUCAAGCGCCUGCAAACCGUUAGAGUGUGAACGGAAAGCCAGACUACCUGGCGAAUGUUGUCCAGUCUGUGUUGAUGAUACUUCGAACGUGACAAUGAUUUCUACGUCGACUGAACAGAACAAUACGACCGACCCAGAGGUUUUCGUAUUGUCAUCCACUUCCAUCUCUCCACCUUCCCAGGAUAAUGCAACACCAAAAGUUAUCUUGUCUGAUCCGACAGUCCAAACUAGCUCUGAAGAUGUUGGUCCUAGUACGUUGGUACCGCGUAACGGCAGCGAGCACACAGUUUCACUUACGGACGACAAUUCGACCACGAUCCUUACAGGCUGUGCCAUUGUUUUACUAUGUGCGGUAGUUGCUGCUUCCAUUUGGUGGUGUUUGUUUCGAAAUAAAAAGAAGAAGAAUGUCGACUACCAGCCGGUCAGCUUCGAUACAAAUUCAAAUCAUGUAGCACCACCCUAAAUCGAACUUCUCAAUUGACGGAUAUGAAAUUUCGUUUUCCUGGUGGAAAUUUCGAUGAUUGGAAAUUUCCUGGUAGACAGGAAGCGGAAAGCGUAUUGUAUUGUAUUAAAUAUGGAUUAUUGAUAAUCGUUGCAUAAUGAAAUUUUAUGCACUUUGUAUUAUAAUUUAAUCGAUAUCUAUUGUAUACACGCAUAUUUUUAUUUAAAUUAAGUUUUGAUUGUGAAUGUUUUAUAGUCGAGACGAUUUUGGGGGUAGUUUUCGAAUCAUGCUCAAAUUUAAGCUGGAAACUACCUUUAGGUUUUAUCUUUUCUUCAAAAGAUAGUCAACUAUCUUAGUCAAAGUUAGAGUGGAUCUAAAUCUACCUUUAUUUCGGACGAGUUGGCCGAGUUGUAGCUUUUUGAAAGGGUGAACCCCUCAAAUGAUCUCGUGUUAAUUGAAUGUACUAGCGACUAGCAUUCAGGAUCGCUACCUCACCAAAUUUCAGUAGUUCAAGUUUUUGCAGUUUGGUUUCAUUCCAUAUUUUUGAGGACUAUGCUCACUUGCUUGGGCUUGGCUAACAAGGACCAUAUUUUUCCUUGCGCAUCCUCAUCGCUGGCUAUAGAUUCAGUGUAAAGGACCGAAUCAACUAUUUAACGAUCGCUUUAAAAUUCCUUUCUCCAUCGACUGUAAAACAUGUUUGAAAACAAAAUAAAAAAUAUGUAAACGAAUUGUGAUAUUCAUUUGUAAUCAUAGUUACUAUAUGUGCGACUUUUUUUUAAUCUUAUUUAUGUUCUUAAAUUAUAUUUUUAUGUAAAUAUAAUAUUUUGCAUUGAAACUACUUUAGUAUUGUAACUCUAGCGUAGAAGUUUAAAAAGAAAAUGAAUUUAAAUUAAAAAAGGACACGCAUUCAUAGAAUGAAAAUCAAAGACAAACUGUACAAUUCACUACUAGCCAUUGGAGAUUAGAUUAUCUAACUUCUAACGUAUGGAACAUUUGAUCUGCAUGAAAAAGAAAUUUUAUUCCAAAAAAUUAUUAUGCAUAAGACGCUGCUUGUAAAUAGUCAAAGAAAAGGAAGUGAAAUGCUUUAAGUAAUAUCCGGGCUGAGUUUGCACAUCCUCGAAUCAAACGAAGCCUGGACUAAGUAGCUGCUGAUUGCUUGCGAUAGAUUAGGGGCAACGAAAUUUCAAAUACGAACUGAAUAUUUUAUUUUAUUUUCGUAGUAGACACUUAUUUACAUGAUACGUCAGUAUAUAGAGUCCUAGACAGUUUCAAGGAGCACGGUCAUCUCUGUUGAUUUUUGCCUAAAUAUGUCUUACCACUAUUAUCGAAACUACUUUUACCAUUAGGAUCUAAGAAUUCGACACCUGCAUUCUAUCCACAUGCAUAUAUAUAAUCAACAUGUUCCAGAAUGUCACAUUUUUAAAUAAUCUAUUUGUAUCGUUUCUGCGUCAAGUUAACGGCAUUCCAGGUGUAACUACAACUUUACAAAUCAAAUUAAGGAGUGCCCACACUAAAUUCACGUCUUUCUAAAUCAAAUUCAUAAUUUUCAGAAUGAAAUCAAUUCCUUCGCAAAUGAAAUUAACGAUUUCUGAAACAAAAUUAACAUUUUUACUAAUCAGAUUUACAGGAUUAAAGGGAAACCAAAAAGAAAAACUAUGUGUGAAAAUGGAAUGGAGUCCUUUCCCCAUAGCUCUUUUCUUAGAUCAUCAAAUAGGUUAAUCUAUAAUAAUUUUAAUAUGAAUAGGACAAUCGUGCAUUUGAUUUGAAAAUAUGUGAAUUUGGUGCAGAAAAUCGUUAAAUUGAUUUGGAAAAUUGUUAUUUUCACCCGGAAUAUCGUUAACUAGAGGUGGAAAUGCUAUAUACCAUUUGUAAGACAAAUUCACUAUUGGUUAAGUUAAAUUAAAACUUUGAUAAAUGAACUUAACUACUUAGCAAAUAAAAUUAACUCUUCCUCUUCCUUCCUUUAUAAAUGGUUUAUGUUUUGAAACAUAUGAAAUUUUCAUUCGUUAAAGCUUUAAUUUCAUUUGUUAAAGAGUUAAUUUCAUUCCCUAAAACGUUAACUUCAUUUGCUAAAUAGUUAAGUUCAUUUAUCAAAGUGUUAAUUUAAUGUGACAAAUAGUGAAUUUGUCCUGUAAAUGGUAUAUUAUAUUCUUCAAUUUUCUUCACCCCUAUUAAACUUUCUGCAAAGCCGAAUCCUUUCCCAAAUGAUACUUCAAAUGAACUCUAUAAAUUGUUCUAUAUUUACAAUAAUCUCUCAGUUUGAAUGUAGUUACCAAAUGAAUUUUGUUGAUAUUUAUUUUAUUGAUAUCUGUAUAUAUUGAUCAAGCAAAUAAUGAUGCCCAUUUGUAUGAUUUUAUACAACUACCAACAAUUUUAACUACUUUAUUAGAAAUGUAGUUGAUUUUAGUGUCGCGUAUUAGUUUACACAUAGUUCGCACAACAAAAUGGUAACUUGUGAAAUUUUGUGAUAGCAAACUAUUGUCUUUAUUAUCAUAUGAUUCAAUAUUUAAUUAUAUUUUCAUUAAAGCAUACGUAUUAAAUGGACUGAAUAAACGA